AGCCACUGUAAGGUAGAUAAGACGGUCAGAUUUCCGACAUCAUAGAAGCCGGCUGAUAUUUGGUGGCGGUGACGUGGCUGAAACCUUGGGGACCCCCCAGAAUUUCCGCCAACUCUCAGCCGUCGGAAUUUUUGGACAACACGCAGUGUUGACACGUAUCGGCUUUUGCCAAUAACAUGACCAAUGGUUGGAAUGGCAUCACUUUCGAUGAUCCGAGCACUGGGCAUCCUAUGCUCCCUCGGGUCACUCAAGUCAUGCAACACAUCUACAGCACCAUCCAUCCUGAACGCCCCACACCAUCCACGGUGGACAGGUGGUACUCAUUAAGCCUUUCUUACCAGGUAGAAAAUUCUGGCCACGAGCCGUCAAUUGUAAUCCUCAAUCUCCGAGAAGGCGUCAGGAAUACCCACUUCAUGAUCAACUUAAAUACCAUGAAUGUCCAAGAUAAAUUCCAUGAACAUCGUUUUCCGGCGCCCCAGGAGAUUCUUUCUGUCUUACGAGAACUCAGAGAAUACGUGAGGGGGACGAUUCGAGCGAAAUGGGAAGCGGAAGAGGCGCGAAAGCGCGAGCUAGCCCGUCGCCGUGAGCUUGCGCGAGAAGAGCAACGAAAUCGAGUCCAGGCAUUUUAUUGCUGUCUUUUUGACAAAGGUUUAAUCAACAAAGAUGGUGUCAAGAACUUAUCCGGUGACAGUUUGCAUUGUCCCGUCUGCUCAGCGAGGCAGACAUCAUGCAAUAUGUGCAAACUUAUCUCUUGCUCCAAUAUUGAUUGUGAAGUCUCCUCUGCCAUCCCCAUCGCACAGUGUUUCAAUCAUCACGACAUGAAAUUUUGUGCUUCGUGUUUGGAGCACUCGGGCUCUCCGCCUCAUCUGGGCAAAUGUCCUAUAUGCGCAAUCUGGUUCUGUUCGAAAGAGCUUGAGUGGUGCAUCGGGCGCCCAGUUUAUAGUGGUACUGGACCACCAACUCGAUUACACCCAGCACGUCCCUUGUCCUGCCGGUCUAACACCUGCGUGGAGAACAGUCAAGAGAACAGAAAGAGUGGGCGUCGCUGCAGCAAUUAUGGUUGUUGGUCUCGGGAUGGCGGCACCAGAACGUGUCCUGAUUGUGUCACACAGGAUAACUUAUCCUGUCCAUGCGGUCAAUACUGGUCUUGCGGUGGCUGCAAGCCGCACGUUUCUUCCAUUUUGGGGGUUCUCACGUGCCCUGGGUGCCACCAGCGUUUCUGUCGAUCGUGCUCAUACAUCGGGGCUUGCGAUCGGUGCGACAAAGAGGGGCUCUGCGAUGACUGCAUGGAGGACAAAGAGAACGAAGGAGUGGAACAUGCCAUUUCCAGGUGCCGGAGCUGCGGAGGUUUCCUAUGCGAGAAAUGCGGUGGUAAGGAUGAGAAAUCAUGUUUCAAAUGUAACAAGCGCGUUUGCAAGAUAUGUGAACUUGAAGAAGACGACAGUACUCUUGAUGUUGUCUGUGCUGGAUGCAUAGAGUUGAUCGAGAGUGAGAGUGAGGUGAGUGAUUGUGAACCUUUCGACUCUUGGUAUGGGAGUUGAUGUCAUUAUCACCCUACACAGCACAAUUACUACGACUACGACGAUGAGGAUAUGGCCUUUCUGGAUCAGGCUUACCAGGAUCAGGCUUACGAGGAACAGGCUUACGAGGAUAUUGCUUACGAUAAUUGGUGGUGAUAUUUCGCAUCGUUUAAAACUAUCAUUUGUCAAUAUUGUAGCCUGUCCCUAUAAUGACACUAAAUUUCACCAGUAC